AUGAAAUAAAUAGAUAAGCUGCUUAAACGUCAUACAAAUGUUAAUGAGAUGAUAUAAGAUAAAUAAGGAUUGCAAGCUUAUAAUAUAUUUAAGACUUUAAAAAAUGCUGUUGAAAAUCGUCUUAAUUAACUUGAAGAUGAAUUAAGAUAACUUAUAAUAAGAUUAGUAAAUGAUUAAAAGAUAAAUGAUUAUGGAUAUAAGUUUCUUCAAAGUUUAAAUUAAUUUAAUUAAGAUGAUAUAAAAGAAUUAAGAUUAUUCUUAAUCAAUCAUCAAUAAGACAUUUAAAAUAAUUAAAUCAAUUUUAAAGAGAGAGAGAGUAAAUAAUAAUUGAUAUAACUUACAUCCUAUUUACAAGAUAAAUUACCUCACAUUUAAAAGUCCCUAAUUGAUCAAUUAGAUUGUAUUAAUAGUACAUUCUAUACAAAAACAGAAAGAGUGGAAAGAUUAAGAAAAGUUUGGAUAGGUAUUCAUAUAAUUAAUAAUAUAAAUAGCUGAUGAUGGAUAAAGCAAGCCUAGCAUUUUUGAUAAAACAACAAUAAGAGCUAAUGUAUUUUAAGUUCGAGAUAAACAAUUAUAUUUAGUAGGAAUUUUCUAACCUAUGCUAUAUAAAGGAAGUUAUAAUUCUACAAAUUAUGAUUCAUAAGUAAAGACUCCUAAAUUAAUAUAUAAAUUGCAUGAAGAUACAAAUUUAACUAAAUAUAUUUAUAAAUAACAUAAAAUCUUAGAACAUGAUAAAUUGCAAAUAGUUGAUGGACAUUUAUAUUUUAUAGAAUUCAGAAAUCCUGUGAAAUUAUUACCAAAUAAGACUUAUACAAUAUCCAUAUCUACAAAAGAGGCUAAAUUAUUUUAAACUUAUCAUUAUUCUAUGCCUGUAAUUGAUCAUCCACUAAUAAAAUGGUAAACUGAAGAUUUAACUGAUUCUGAUAUUUUCAUUAAGGGACCUUAUGUAUAACAUAUCUAUUCCUAUGCUAACAUUGAUUAAAUUCCUAGUUUAGUAGUUAAAAUAUGAGAAUUUAUAAUUAUA